AUGUGGGGUAUGGGAGGCAUUUCUGAAGAUUUGGAGCACAUGUGGGGAUGUGAGGAAGACAGAGGAGGGGUCUUGGCGGCCAAUGGCACAGUGGGCAGCCCCAUCUCUAAAGUGCCCCAUCUUGGGGGCACCACUGGCUUUCUCCGCAAAUGUCGCACUCUGGACAAGUUACAUGUGAAUCUCAGAGAGGGAGGAGGUCCGUCCACCUGCCAGGCUGUCACUCAGCCCUGGCCGUGGCCGCCCCUGAGCUUGAAUGCUCACCUGCACUUGCCUGGCGGAUUUUCCCUCAUCAGAAGGUUUAUAGCUCCCCACGUGAUUGGCGCACGCAGACUCAUGCUCCACAUUUGCCACUCAGGGGUGGUGCAGGGCGGCGGCGUGCCGUCAUGCCGGAGUUUUGUCAACCUCAGCUUGGUACUGGGGAAGGUUCGCUGCUUUGGCUUUGACAUGGACUACACCCUGGCUGCCUACAAGUCCCCAGUGUAUGAGGCACUGGCCUUUGAGUUACUGCUGGAGUGCCUGGUGUGCAUUGGGUACCCACACGAGAUGCCGCGUUACACCUACGACCCUUCCUUCCCCACCAGGGGGCUGGUGUUUGACGUGCUCUAUGGGAACCUGCUGAAGGUGGACACCCAGGGGAACGUGCUGCUGGGCACCCAUGGCUUCACCUUCCUCUCGGAGGCAGAGAUCUGGAGCUUCCACCCCAGCAAGUUCAUUCAGAGGGACGACCUGCAGAGGUUCCACAUCCUCAACACACUCUUCAAUCUGCCUGAAACCUACCUGUAUGCUUCCCUGGUGGACUCCUUCUCAGGCCGCUCCCGUGACACCAACUGUGACACUGGCUAUCAGCAUGGGAAUGUCUUCAUGUCCUUCUGAAGCCUCUUCCCAGACGUGAAUGAUGCCAUGGAUAAUGUCCACCAGUCGGGCUAUCUGAAGGAGAAGACCCUGGAGGACUUGUACAAAUACGUGGAGAAGGAUGUGCGAAUCCCCAUCCUGCUGGGCAAGAUGAAGGAGGUUGGGAGAGUGUUUCUGGCCGCCAACAGCAGCUACAACUACACGGAUGCCAUCAUGACCUACCUGUUUGGCAUUGGUGAGACUGAGGCCUCCGACAGGCCCUGGAGGUCCUACUUCGACCUGAUUGUGGUAGACACACAGAAGCCCCGCUUCUUUGUUGAGGGAAUGGUGCUGAGACAGGUCAACACGGACUCGGGCAAGCUCCCCGUGGGCACCUACACGGGGCCCCACCACCCCUGUGUGGUUUACUCUGGAGGCUCUUCAGAUGUGGUGUGCGAGCUGCUCAGGGUGUAGGGGAAGGAUGUCCUGUACAUCGAGGACCACAUCUUUGGGGACAUCCUCAAGUCUAAGAAGCGGCAGUGCUGGCGGACUUGCCUGGUGGUUCCUGAGUUGUCCCGGGAGCUGGGCAUCAAGGGCCACUUUUCAGAGCGGAUGGAGGAGCUGAAGAGGCUGGAUGUGCGCCUGGCAGAACUGUACCAGCACAUGGAUGGGAGCAGUUAUGGGCUGCAAGUCAUCAACUCCACCAAGAGGGAGAUUCAGAGAGUCACCCGGGAGCUGGACCCGUGCUACAGCAUGAUGGGCAGCCUGUUCCGCUGCAGCUUCCGCCAGACGCUCUCCUCCAGCCAGCUGAUGGGCUACGCAGACCUCUACACUGCCGCCUGCCUCAGCUUCCUGCGCUACCCGCUAGGCUUGCCACAUCGGGCGGCCCUGGAGCUGGUGAGUCCCUGCAGAGCCUCCCUGGCAUCCCUCACCCUCUGCCCCAGAAGGACCCUCUGGUCCCCAGCCCCACCAAGAGCUUUCGAGGUCACCAGACCCAGUCUCCCACCUCCAGGUGCAAGUGGUCCAAGCCUUGCAGGGAACUGUGGGCGACCUAAGAGGAGUUGA